AUGAAGGCAGCUGGUGUUUUCCUGCUCCUCUCCCUGGCACUCUUCUUCUACCAAGGAAACGCCGAGAUGGAUGCAGCUGCUUUCAGAGGAACAGAGCCUUCUUGUGAGAAUUUCAACCUGGGAAGAGGGUGUACCAGGGAGUUUGACCCCAUCUGUGGCACGGAUAACCUCCUGUACAGCAACGAGUGCCUGUUGUGCCUUCACAACCUGCAAAGAAGCGACCACGUGCGCAUCAAGAACAGAGGAAUGUGCCAAACUCCCCGCAACAACUUCGCUUAA